CCCCAUGUACCCCGCUGUCCCUCGUCCCCGUCUCCAUCACGCGUAUCCGUAUCCCCUUGCCAACAUCAGCCCUGUGCCGGGAGGGAGAGAAGUGGGCUCCAGCGAGGCUUGCUUAAAGCGCCUACUGUGUGCCCAGUGCGGUGGAUGCCAAGAACCGUGGAAACCAGCCCCUGCCCUCUAGAAGCGCACAGCCCGAGGGGCAAGACGGCGUGAAAACAAAAAAUAAGUUAAUACUAUGUAACAGCUUCUGUCGCUUCCUACUAUUAUCACCUCAGUUUAUCCUCCCAACGGCACUACUAGGCAGGCCUUUUUACAAAGAAGUAAACCGAGGCAGACAAGCGUCCUGUGCAAGGUCACUUGAAGUGAGGGAAUGUCCGAGGCAGGGUUUGAUCUCAGUUCUUCCUGACUCCACUGUUCCACCGAGCUGCCUCGGACAGCGGAGGACAGACGAGAUAGAAACAGCUUAUCCCUGGAGACUCCGAGGGAAAGCGCUUAAGGAACCUCUUUGUAUUGCGUAACUGAUGCGAGCUCUUGAGUUUCCUGACGUUAUUCAAGUAUUACCGCAGUCUAGGAGAGAAACACUGAUUGGGGCUCACGGGAGUCGGAACGGAUUCUUGAAAGAUUCUUUGUGAUUCUCGUGGGGCUAGGCAGUAUUUUGUUAGUGCAGGAGAAGGGAAUGGCCAGUUAUCUUUGGGAACUAGCGGACAUUCACGGAACCAGUGACCUUCAAGGAUGUGGCUGUGGAAUUCACCUGGGAGGAAUGGAGGCAACUGGACCCUACUCAGAGAGCCUUAUUCAGGGAUGUGAUGCUGGAGAACUAUAGGAACCUUGUUUCCUUGGGACUUGCCGUUACCAAACCAGAUGUUAUCUUCCAGUUGGAGAGCGGAGAAGUGCCAUGGAUGCUUGAGAGAGAAGUCCCAAGAAGCAGCCCUACAGAGUGCCUUAAUCUGGAGUCUAGAUUGGAAACAACAGAGACAAUUAUAGUCCAAGGCAUUUCUCUAGGGUUAUCUAAAGAAAGAGUCAAGGAUGGACUAUGGGAUUCUCUGUUAGGAGAAGCUUGGGAAUGUGCUUUUAGAUUGGAGCAACAGAAAGCCAGUUAUGAAACGCAAUCCCAGCAAGUGACAAUCCCUCAUAGAAAAACUUCUGAUUUUUAUGCCAAUGAAUGUAAUAUAUUGGGGACAGACUUAAAUCUGGGGUCAAUUCUGAUUCCUCAACAUCAAGAUCAUAAGGGGAAAAAUCUUCAUGAAUGUGAUACACAUGGAAUAAACUUCAAACAAUGUUCAGAAAAAUGUAAGCAUAGUAGUAUUUUUUCUGAGAUACUUUGCAAAUACAAAUGUAGAAAAUCAGAUAGUUAUGAUUCAGAUUGUACUCAGAGUCACAGAAAAUAUAUUGAAAAAAAAUCAUGUGAAGGUGGGAAAGUAUUGAGUAGUAAUGCAUCCCUUACAAAUCAUCAGAUAAUUCCAGCUGCACAGAAACCUUUUCAAUAUAAUUCAUGUAGGAAAGACUCUAGCUGCAAAUCUCUUCUUCUAUAUCAAGAACUUCAUACUGAAGACGAACCCUUUGCAUGUAAGGAAUGGGAAAAAUCCUUGAGCUGGCAUGGACAGCUUACAGAACAAAAAAGAGUUCAUACUGGAGAAAAGCCCUUUGAGUGUAAUAAAUGUGGGAAAUCUUUUGCCUGGAGGGGACAUCUUACUCUACACAAGAGAAUUCAUGCUGGAGAGAAAGUUUUUGUAUGUAGCGAAUGUGGAAAAUCCUUUACUCAGCUUGGAAGGCUCAAUGAACACAAGAGAAUUCAUACUGGAGAGAAACCCUUCCCGUGCAAUGAAUGUGGGAAAUCCUUUAAUCGACGUAAAGCACUUAUUAUCCAUAAGAGAAUUCAUACUGGAGAGAAACCCUUUGGUUGUAGUGAAUGUGGGAAAUUCUUCAAUCAGAGGGGACACCUUACUGGGCAUAAGAAAAUUCAUACUGGAGAAAAACCCUUUGAAUGUAAGGAAUGUGGGAAAUUCUUUAGGCGGAGGCGACACCUUACCAGACAUAUGGUAAUUCAUACAGGAGAGAAACCCUUUGAAUGUAAUGAAUGUGGCAAAGCCUUUAAUGAAUGUGGCAAGCUUACUGAACACAAGAGAAUUCAUACAGGAGAGAAGCCCUUUGAGUGUAUUGAAUGUGGAAAAUCUUUUAACUCAAGUGGACAACUUACUACUCAUAGGAGAAUUCAUACUGGAGAAAAACCUUUUGAAUGCAAUGAAUGUGGGAAAUCUUUUAGGUGGUGUCGAGAUCUUAAUGAACACAAGAGAAUUCAUACUGGAGAGAAACCUUUUCAAUGUAAUGAAUGUGGGAAGUCCUUUAAUCGUCGCAAAGCACUUAUUGUACAUAGGAGGAUUCAUACUGGAGAAAAGCCCUUUGAAUGUAGUGAAUGUGGAAAAUUGUUCAAUCAGCGUGGAAACCUGACUGAACAUAAGAGAAUUCAUACUGGAGAAAAACCUUUUGAAUGUAAUGAAUGUGGGAAAUCAUUUAACUGGAGAGGACAGCUUACCAUACAUAAAAGAAUUCAUACUGGAGAGAAACCUUUUGUAUGCAACGAAUGUGGGAAAUCCUUUAAUCAGUGUGGAAAACUUACUGAACACAAGAGAAUUCAUACUGGAGAGAAACCAUUUGAAUGUAAUGAAUGUGGGAAAUCCUUCAAUUGGAGUGGACAACUUACUACACAUAAGAGAGUUCAUACUGGAGAGAAACCUUUUGAAUGUAAUGAAUGUGGGAAAUCUUUCAGCAGGAGUGCAUCCCUUACUAAACAUAAGAGAAUCCAUACUGGAGAAAAACCCUUUGAAUGUACUGAGUGUGGGAAAUUCUUCAAUUGUCAUGCACACCUUACUGAACAUAAGAGAAUUCAUACUGGAGAAAAACCCUUUGAAUGUAAUGAUUGUGGAGUCUCUUUUAGGUGGAGAGGACAGCUUACUAGACAUAAAAGAAUUCAUACUGGAGAAAAACCCUUUGAAUGCAAUGAAUGUGGGAAAUUCUUUAAUCAGCGUGGAAACCUUACUGAACACGAGAGAAUUCACACCGGAGAGAAACCUUUUGAAUGUAGUGAAUGUGGAAAAUCCUUUAAACAGCGUGGAAAUCUUACAGAUCAUAAGAGAAUACAUACCGGAGAGAAACCUUUUGAAUGUAAUCAGUGUGGAAAAUCCUUUAAUCGUCGUGGAAAGCUUACUGAGCACAAAAGAAUUCAUACUGGAGAGAAACCUCUUUGACUGUGGUCAAUGUUGGAAUUUCUUUCCAUGUAUAGCAAUAUUUAAUAACAUAAGAGAAUUCUUAUUGCUAAGAAAUGUUUGGAGUGUAAAGAACGUGGAUAAUCCUUUCACUGGAGAGGAUUGCUUAUUAUAAGAAAAUUCAUUUAAGAAAGAAAGAUACAUUUUAUAGUGGAUGUUGGAAAUCCUUUAACCAAAGUGAACAGGUUAUUAUACAUAAAAUUCAUGCUCAGUUAAAACCACUUGGAAUGUAAUGAAUUUAGACAGUCUUCACUAGUACCAAGAUUUUACUAAGUGUGAGAGAAUACAUGUUGGGGAGGAAGUUUUGGUGGAGUAGAGCAGCUUCAUUGGCUUAUGAAUUACCUUGAUAUGAACACAUUAAUAAUGAUUAAUUUCAAUAUAAAAGACAUACUACAUGAUGCCAAUUUUUUCUUUUCUGCUUAACUUUGUUUCCAAGGAACUGGCUUCUCUCCACUUCCUUCUUUUCAUAUGAAAGACAUGUACUACUUGCCCAGAGUUCCCAAAUCCCUCCCAGUUGUAUUUCUUGAAGGACCAGUCAUGGAAUUUUUUUUUUCCUGACACCAUAAUAAAGACCCAUCUUCAGGUUCAUUUAUCCAGCAAUAUUUUUCUUCUCUCUUAUGAGCUACUCUCAGUGGAAAAAAAAGAAAAACUUCUGUUGUUUUUUUUAUUGAGCCCCUGAAUGAAUUCAUUUGAGAUACUGGGCUAAGUCACCCUGAGUACAUUACUGGUUGAUUUUAAUGGUGGGUUUCUCUGAAUUUCUAAUGAUUGGGAGUGCCUGGCUUGCUGUCAGGAGGACCUGAAUUCAAAUCUGUCUUCAGAAAUUUACUAACUGUGUGACCCUAGGCAAGUCCUCAUUGGUAAAAUGAGCUGGAGAAGGAAAUAGUAAAUUACUUCAGUUUCUUUGCCUAGAAAAUCCCAGAUGAAGGUCAUGAAGGACACGAUUGAAAAUGACUGAACAACAACAGUCACAUAGCUGUUAGGUAUCUAAGGCUUGCAAGUCUUCCUGACUAUAGGUUCAGUGCUUUAUCCACUGUGUGCUAGGUUUGAUACAAUCUCUUUCUGGUUUUCUGUCUCUUUUCUCUUUCCUUCACCCAGACCUCAAUCACAGAUUCAUUUCUUUUUUCUCCUUUAAAAAAAAUCCUUAUCUUCUGUCUUAGGAUUAAUACUAAGUAUCAGUUCCAAGGCAGAAGAGCAGUAAGAGUUAGACAACUGGGGUUAAGUGACUUGCCCUGGGUCACAGCUACAAAGUGUUUGAAAUCAGAUUUGAACCCAGGAUCUCCCAUCUGGCCUGGCUUUCAAUCCCCUGAGCCACCUAGCUCUCCUUUUUCCUUUUAAUCGUCUCUUAGAUGUCCACCCCUCUUAGAGAUUGUUUUGCCUAGGACUAAUCUAUCCUGUAUUUUACCCUCUCGUUCCUAUCACUACUUUCUCCCAAUCCCCUCCUGUUUCCCUUUGAAAUAAAAUCUAUUUCUGGACCCAGUAA